UGCAUCGAUAAUACUGCAAUCAUCUUCCUUUUGAUACUCUUUUUUCCCGGCACAGGACUUCAUCAACAACGUUUUAAUGUCACGUCCCGAAAGACGCGUCACAAAAUGGAGCUAUCAAACAAACUCCGUUGGGACCAAUUCCUGAUUUUGGCAGCAGCACUUCUGUCACCUGCAUUAACAGUGCUGUGCAAUGACAUUCUCAGCCUGAAGGUGGCAGGAGAUCCAGUGCUAACCCCCAACUCUGUGUGCUUGAGGCUGGCAGGCCUCAGUAAGCGUCAGAUGCGGAUGUGUGUACGGAGCCCUGAUGUGACGGCCUCGGCUCUGCAGGGCAUCCAGGUCGCCAUCCACGAAUGUCAGCACCAGCUCCGGGGCCAGCGCUGGAACUGCUCCUCACUCGAGGGCCUUGGCAAGCUUCCCCACCAUAACACCAUCCUCAACAGGGGUUUUCGUGAGAGCGCCUUCUCCCUGGCUUUGUUGGCAGCGGGUGUGGCUCACUCUGUGGCCUCAGCCUGCAGCAUGGGCAAACUGCGGGGGUGUGGCUGCGAGGCCAAGCGUCGCCAGGACGACGACAAGAUCCGACUGAAACUCACACAGUUGCAGCUGCAGACCCUGCAGAAGGGCGGGGUAGGACUUGGCAUGGCACGGUCAUUACCCCCAGAGCUAAACAGUCACCAUGGCGACCUGCCCGCUAACCUGCGCUCAAACCAUCCAUCUGCCCUGCUCAAACCUUUACCAGAAGAGCUGAUCUCCAUGCAGGAGACCUGGGAGUGGGGCGGCUGCAGUCAUGACGUCCGUUUUGGGGACCGUUUUUCCAGAGAUUGGCUAGACUCCCGGGGGUCUCCAAGAGACAUCCAUGCUCGCAUGAGGAUACACAAUAACCGCAUGGGACGACAGAUAGUGACAGACAACAUGAAGAGGAAGUGCAAAUGUCACGGCACAUCAGGAAGCUGCCAGUUUAAGACGUGCUGGCAUGUUUCUCCAGAGUUCCGUCUUGUGGGUUCUAUACUGAAGGAAAAAUUCCUGUCAGCCAUCUUUGUCAACUCUCAGAACAAGAACAACGGGGUUUUCAACCCUCGGACAGGAAACAGCGCCGGCGGGAGUGCAGGAGGACUCAGUGGAGGUCGUCGCAGAAGCAUGUCCAGAGAGCUGGUGUACUUUGAGAAGUCUCCUGAUUUCUGUGAGCGUGACCCGUCUGUGGACUCUCUGGGCACACAAGGGCGCAUCUGCAACAAAACCAGCUACAGCACAGACAGCUGCAGCUCGCUGUGCUGUGGACGUGGACACAACAUCCUGAAACAGACACGCAGCGAGCGCUGCAAUUGUAGGUUCCACUGGUGUUGCUACGUGUUGUGUGAUGAGUGUCGUCUCACGGAGUGGGUGAACGUGUGCAAGUAGAUUCCAGUUCUCCCAGUCACAGCUGCCUUUACCCGCCCAGGACUCAUGAUGGCGAGCCUAUCCCUUUGCCUCUCUGCCGUUGUUUGUUUUUGUUCCUUGUGUAACUCUGCCAUAGAAUCUGUUUAUUCCCCCCUUUUCCUUUUUUCAGUCCAUCAUCUGGGAUCUAUUUUCUCUUUGUAGCCGCUGUUAUUCUCAAAAUGCCAAGUCAGAGAUUGAAGAGGUGACUCAUGUCGUUUGUCUUGCCAUGGUCUGUUUAGACGCUGCCCUCUCAGCCAUGAAAAUGGCCUAUACCCCGUCUUUUCUAACCCACACAACAAAGACAAGCAACAGCAGAGAAGCUGUUGACUAGUUGAUGACUUAUCUCACUGUGUACAGUAAUUGUGUAUUUUAAUGUGUACUUGUAUAUUUGUAAAUGUAUUAUUAAUAUUAUUUUUGUGUCUCAGCCUGUGUUUUUGGUCCUGGUUAUUGGCAGGUUCUGGUUGCACUGAUCGGACACCAUAAAUUGAUGCUCCCCCCCUUUAAUCAACAGG